UACAAUUAAGUUGAACUGAUAAAUAUCGUUCUUUUUGGAUUAAAUUUUAUUUAAGUAAAAUAUGUCGCUAAAAUUGAGUCUUCUUCUAUUCGUAACUCUAAUUUUGGGAAUAUCAUGUUCCCCUUCAAGAGUAGUUCGACAGGCGACUACUACUGUUUCUGCAACAACUGCUGGAACUACUACAACUACAGCUUCACCAGCUUAUAACAGAUGUAUAAGGAAUUGUCUUUCGACGUCUCAAUAUAAUCCUGUCUGUGGUACCGACGGAGUAACUUACUUUAACAUGGGAAAGCUGAACUGUGCAAUUCGUUGUGGCGGUAUAAAUAUGAAUAUAAAAAUGAUUCUGCUUCUAUUUGUUACUCUAAUUGUGAGAAUCUCGUGCAAUCCUACAAGAGUAAUUCGACAAGCAACUCAAACUACCACACAUUCACCAGCUUUUACAAAAUGUUUAAACAAUUGUGUUUGGACAUCUCAGUUUGAUCCUGUCUGUGGUACCGAUGGAGUAACUUACUCUAACAUUGGCCAAUUGUACUGCGCAACUUCGUGUGAUCGCAAUGUGCAAUUGAACUUCCGAGGCCCUUGUUGAUCCAGACAAAGAUUUAAUCAGCACGUUCAUCAUUAUCAAGAAUUCACUCUUUCUUUACUCCUGA